UAUCUGAUAUGUUCUGGAUGUAGGGAUCAAUCGAUCGAGUAUGUGCACGGCCUGAUAUUGAUGAUUUCUACUGGGAGAAGAUUUCAACACCCAUUCUUGACACAAUUGAAAAUCCUAUUUGCUUGAAAAACUUAUCUCUUAAGGAACUGAAACAACUAGCUGGGGAGCUCCGUCUGGAGUUGUCUUCAAUUAUGUCGAGUACACAAAUACCAUUGAGUGCAAGCAUAGCUGCAGUGGAGCUGACGAUUGCAAUGCACCAUGUUUUUCAUGCUCCAGUAGACAAGAUAUUAUGGGAUGUCGGCGAACAAACGUAUGCACAUAAGAUUCUUACAGGAAGACGAUCUCUCAUGUACACAAUGAGACAAAAGAAUGGUAUCUCUGGUUUUACUUCUCGAUUUGAGAGUGAAUAUGAUGCAUUUGGUGCAGGUCAUGGAUGCAACAGUAUUUCUGCUGGACUAGGCAUGGCUGUUGCACGAGAUAUGAAGGGGAGGCGAGAACGCAUAGUAACAGUAAUCAGCAAUUUGACAACAAUGGCCGGUCAAGUGUACGAGGCAAUGAGCAAUGCAGGAUAUUUGGACUCAAAUUUGGUGGUAGUUUUGAAUGACAGCCGGCAUUCCCUACUCCCUAAAGUUGAUGAGGGCCCAAAGACAUCCAUCAAUGCCCUCUCUAGUACCUUGAGCAAGCUCCAGUCCAGUAAAUCUUUCCGAAGAUUUAGAGAAGCUGCUAAGGGUGUCACAAAACGAAUUGGUAGAGGUAUGCAUGAAUGGGCAGCAAAAGUUGACGAAUAUGCCCGUGGGUUGAUUGGCCCAUUAGGUUCUACUCUCUUUGACGAGCUUGGUCUGUACUACAUAGGCCCAGUGGAUGGUAAUAAUAUUGAAGAUCUAGUUUGUGUUCUGCAAGAAGUUGCUUCGCUCGAUUCAAUGGGUCCUGUCUUGGUUCAUGUUAUAACUGAUGAUAAUCAGGGAGUAGAAAACAAUAAAAGAAGUGAUAUAACCGACGGGCAGGAAGAUGGUUCUAUAAAAUCAAAUUUUUUACAUUAUGAUGUUCGGCAACGGACAUAUGGGGAUUGCUUUGUGGAGACUUUGGUUUCAGAAGCCGAGAAAGACAAAGAUAUUGUAGUUGUUAAUACAGGAACCAUGAUGGAGCCAUCACUAGAGCUGUUUCGGGAAAAAUUUCCUGAUAGGUUUUUUGAUGUGGGAAUGGCCGAGCAACAUGCAGUCACCUUUGCUUCUGGCUUGUCAUGUGGUGGAUUGAAGCCUUUCUGUGUUAUACCUUCUUCCUUUCUACAAAGGGCAUAUGACCAGGUUGUCCAUGAUGUAGAUCAACAGAAAAUUCCGGUACGCUUUGUCAUCACAAGUGCAGGAUUGGUGGGCUCUGAUGGUCCUCUCCAAUGUGGGGCAUUUGACAUAACCUUUAUGUCAUGCUUACCGAACAUGAUUGUUAUGGCACCGUCUGAUGAAAUCGAACUCGUGCACAUGGUGGCUACUGCUAUUCAUGUCAAUGAUCGGCCGAUUUGCUUUCGGUAUCCCAGGGGUGCUCUUGUUGGGAGAGACCAAACUAUAUGUGAUGGAGUCCCCAUUGAGAUUGGAGAAGGAAGAGUUCUUGUUGAAGGUAAAGAUGUUGCUUUACUGGGAUAUGGAUCAAUGGUUCAGAACUGCCUUAAGGCUCAUACACUUCUUGCAAAGCUUGGCAUUGAGGUCACUGUUGCUGAUGCAAGGUUUUGCAAGCCCCUUGACAUCAAGCUUCUGAGGCAGCUCUGUAAGCAUCAUUCAUUCCUGAUUACUGUCGAGGAAGGAUCUAUUGGAGGAUUCGGUUCUCAUGUUGCACAGUUCAUUGCACUUGAUGGACUGCUUGAUGGAAGCAUUAAGUGGCGACCAAUAGUCUUACCGGAUAGUUACAUUGAGCAUGCAUCACCAAACGAGCAGCUUCAGCAGGCGGGGUUAACCGGACAUCACAUUGCCGCCACAACAUUGAGUCUGCUUGGCCGUACCCGCGAAGCUCUCCAAUUCAUGUGUUCUUGACUUCCAUACUUGUCAUUCAUUUCUGACUAUGAUAAAGGGAUAUCCGAUGGUUGCAUCGAAUAAUCUUGAAAGCAAGGCUCUAUUUCAGGUUUAUUGAUCUCUUUUGUACUUGUAAUCUUGUGAGGUUUUACUUUACAUGUACGAUGAUAGAAAUAAACCACGAAUGCCAUUUGUAAAAUGUAUAGAAUGCAUGUCAAAUAGGAUGAGAAAAAGGUCAUGUAAAGUGUAACAAUCUAACCAAUCAAGAUUGAGAGUUUUUUUACAAAA